AUGUCGACAAUCACAAGAACCCUAGGCAAUCUGCGCAAGAUUGGCCUGAAGGAAUACUGGCAUCAACUCAACUAUAUCGGCGACACCAAAGCCGGCGUGCUGGUAGGCACCGACCGUUUCGGCAACAAAUUCUACGAGAACACAGAGGAACUGCCCCUGCGCACAAGAUGGGUCGACUACGCCAAGCACGACUAUGAUGCCGCGCACAUCGAACCGCUCUGGCACGCGUGGAUCUCGUACGCGGUAGACACCCCGCCCAACAAGGACCCCCUGGCGGCGGCCGCCGAACGGCCUUGGGCGCCUCCCAGCCACGUGCCCAACAACACCUUCACCCGGAGCGCAUUCAAGACGUAUAGCACGACGAAACCCAAGAUCCAGUCCUGGGAACCGUUUGCUGCCCCCAGGUAGAGAGGGCGAGAAGAGGCUGAGGGAGCAGCCGGGUUGGGUUAGGGGUGUAUAUAUGUUCCGAUUGGGGCGAAUAGACUGCCGUUCUGAGUCUUUCAAUUCCUCAU